CUUCGUAGAAAACGAAUAGAAGUAGAGGAGAAUACUUGAGAUUUUUUUGUGUAACAAUUUAAAUUCACUUUAUCUACGCGUUAUCGUUUAAAAUUCUUUAGAGAAGAGUAAAAAAGUAUUAAUUACUUUAAAUUAAAAGUAGAAUUCUUGAAAGUAGUUGGACUUUUUCUUUGGUAUAAUACAAUAAAAAAGAGAAAUACAAAUUUCAAAAACGUGUAAAAGCUUUUUUCGUUAGUUUGUGAGGUGCAUAAAAAUUUAACAGAAAAAAAAACUUGCUAAGCUGCUGGUUGGUCAGGCAAAAACAAAUUCAUUAUUAACAUCAAACUUUUGGAAGCAAAAACGCCAACAACAAAACACUAUCUACAUACAAAAAUAUAUUUAAUUAAAAUCUACUUCUAUGGUUAUAAUUACUAGUUUUGUGCAUUCUUGAAGCUAAUUGGUGGUGUUUAUGGCAUGUGUUUGAGUGUUUAGCGGAAUUGGAAACACUAAUUAACUGGAAACAACAAACGCUUGAGGUUUUUUUUACAAAAAUAUAAGCGGCAAAACGAACUUUGUUCCUUGAAAUAUUAAAGGCUACAGAUACUGCAAUUCAAUUGCAAAAUAGGAACCAAAUUGCAUGAAUAAAGCAACAACAAAAAAGGAAAAAGUAAAGUAAACAAAAUUGUUCGGCGCUUUAAGAAACAACAAAAACAACAACAGCCCAGUAAUUAAACAACGCCGUUUUGCAUGUUGUUAUCAAUCAUAAGAAAUAACCGAAAAACCACACAACGAAUAAAGAUAAAAUUGCUUUUAUUUACAACAAUACCUACAAAAAAAAGUAAUUAAAAAAAAACACAAGCAAAAAGAGCAAAGUGUUAAACGUCAUAAUAGAAAUAAAUAAUAAAAAUCUUCACAUAGAAGAGAGCCAGUCAGAGUGGGGGAAAAUAAGCGAAAGCGCAGUUGGAGCAACAAAACACUGGCAAUUUGCAAAACUUGUUCAGUAGUAAGACAUUAGGCAGCCUAUUAAAAACACCUCCAAUAACUAGCCGAGAGAGCUGCCAGCUAAAAAGGCUUUUUAUUUUAUCAGAAAGAAUCCACAUACACUCCAUAAACGAUAAACAAUACGUAGCAGUAACAAAAUAUAAAACAACCAAAAAUAAUUUAUUAUUGAAAAAAAGAAAAGAAUUAUUUUAAAGGAAUUUGGCUGAAGAAAACUUCAAAGUAUAUGUGUGUUUAUUAACAAGCAAAUCAGCUGUUACUUUUAAUCAACUAAAUUCCAAAAGUAAGAACAGAACAAGAAAAAAAUUACUGCAAUAUGAAUGUCGACGACUAUGAAUCUUUGCCCACCACAAGUGUGAGUGUAAAUAUGACGGCCGGAGCCAUAGCCGGUGUAUUGGAACACAUUGUUAUGUAUCCCAUGGAUUCCGUUAAGACACGUAUGCAAAGUUUAUCACCAGCCACAUCAAAAUACAGCAUCUCUGCCACAUUUACAAAUAUGAUAAAAAAGGAGGGCAUCCUGAGACCUAUACGAGGUGUUACAGCUGUUGUGGCUGGUGCUGGUCCAGCACAUGCUUUAUACUUUGGUUCCUAUGAAAUGUCCAAAGAGCUGAUGACCAAAGUAACCACACACAAUCAUAUAAAUUACAUGGCUUCCGGUGUCAUUGCUACUCUCAUACACGAUGCCGUUUCGAAUCCCGCAGAGGUCAUAAAACAACGUUUACAAAUGUAUAAUUCUCCCUAUAAAUCGGUGGUGGCCUGCAUGCGUGGCGUUUAUCAAAAGGAGGGUAUUAAGGCAUUCUAUCGCUCAUAUUCAACACAAUUGGUAAUGAAUAUACCAAAUCAGACAAUACACUUUUCCACUUAUGAGUUUUUCCAAAAUAUGCUCAAUCAUGAACGCAAAUACAAUCCCCCGGUUCAUGUUAUAGCUGGUGGUGCUGCUGGUGCGUGUGCAGCUGCCAUAACCACACCUUUGGAUGUUGUGAAAACACUAUUGAAUACUCAGGAAACUGGUUUGGUUAAGGGCAUGAUGGAAGCCAUGCGUAAGAUAUAUGCUGUGGCUGGUCCUCUCGGCUUCUUCAAGGGCUUAACGGCCCGUGUCCUUUAUGCAAUGCCAGCGAAUGCCAUUUGUUGGUCCACUUAUGAAUUCUUUAAAUUCUAUUUAUGUGGCAUCGAUCGCGAACAUUACAAAUCGACAAUAACGGGCAAAAAUAUGCUGCAACCACGAAAAACCUCCACUUCCGAUGUCGUCGGCGAUAUACACAUACCCAAUGCAUAUCUUAUGGUACCAGUGCCCGAAACUAGCGAAGAACUCAAGAAUCCCAAAGAAUCAUCAACACCACAUCCUCCUACACACACAGCCAUACCAACUGGUCCCAUUAAAACAGUUUGCGAACUGUCCACCAGCGUUACAUCACCCACCCUCAAUCUGACCACUAGACAUACAGAUGUUAAAAGUCCCUUCGACAGAGGAUUCUCAAGUCCAUAAGCACAAACCUAAACUUUUGAACAAAAACAAUCAAAAUAACAAAACAAAACAAAAACAUUGUGUGUAACUUACUUCGUAAUAGAAAUAAUUUAUUACUUUCUUUAAAUUAUAAAUGAAAUAAUAUGUACAUUGAGAAACAAAAUUGUUCUAACUUACUUCGUAAUAGAAAUAAUAUAUUUUACUUUCUUUAAAUUUUAAAUGAAAUAUGUACAUUGAGAAAAACAAUAGAAACAACGUUUGUUAAUAAACACACACACACACACAUUUGCCCAACAUUAAUAAUAUCAAGCAAAGAAAUAUAUUGUAAAUCAACGAAAUCUUAUUAUGCUCAUGUUUAGCGUCAGGAUGGCUCGCCUGUGAGUUCCAGCAGCAUCUUGUUUGUAUCGCUGAUUGUUUUGAUUGUUUGGCCGCCACAGCAGUUUAACGUUAAGGGAAUACAUAGUAUAUUAUAUAUCACUGCAAAAUGAGCGUACGAUGAUGGAUGGAUAUGAUGAGUGUGUUUUUUGUACAUGUGUACAAAAACCAGUUACGAAGCAACCUGUAUACUUUGGCUUUGCAUUUCAAAGAAUAUUUGUUAAAUAAUCCCACAAAAUAACAGCUUACUCCAUCCCCCUCCAACCACCCCCCAUCCCACAACCAAUCGCUCUUUACCUUUCGAAUGCAUAGUCACAAGUGUGCUGAUUUUUUAUUAUUAUCUAUAUUAUUAUUAUAUAUUUUUAAAUAUCAAAAACUAUUUUUCAUGUAAUAUAGUAUAUUAUUAAACAAGAAAAAAAUAAAUUCCUUAUCGUUAUUAUUAUUAUUAUUUUUAUUUUUUAAUUCAUAUUAUACUAUUUACAAUAUAAAAAGUCUAUGUUUAUGUAUGUCAUAUAUAAUUAGAGAAUAAAAACAACCAGAAGAAACAAUAAUUUAAAAAACAAAAACAAACUCAAUUUUGUAAUUUAAUUACACCAAAAAAUUAAAUAAAACAAAACGUGAAACCGUGAAAAAACAAGAAACUAAA